CAAAAAUGAAACGGAUGGUGAAGCGAUCACCCGAAUUUUAAGUACUCCAUAUUUCCCCAUUUACACACACUUUCCCAACGCAAAUGAGGUUCAUUCUCUCCAACGAUCAAUCAACUUUUGACAGGCAUUGAGCUAAGAUGGCGGAAGAAGACAUUCAACCACUUGUUUGUGAUAAUGGAACUGGGAUGGUUAAGGCUGGCUUUGCUGGUGAUGAUGCACCAAGAGCAGUUUUCCCGAGCAUAGUGGGCCGCCCACGUCACACUGGAGUGAUGGUUGGCAUGGGUCAAAAAGAUGCAUAUGUUGGUGAUGAGGCUCAGUCGAAGAGAGGUAUUUUGACUCUGAAGUACCCAAUUGAGCAUGGAAUUGUCAAUAAUUGGGAUGACAUGGAAAAGAUUUGGCAUCACACUUUCUACAAUGAACUUCGUGUGGCCCCAGAGGAACAUCCUGUACUCCUUACUGAGGCGCCCCUUAAUCCGAAGGCCAAUCGAGAAAAAAUGACUCAAAUCAUGUUUGAGACAUUUAAUGCCCCCGCUAUGUAUGUUGCUAUACAAGCUGUUCUCUCACUCUAUGCCAGUGGUCGUACUACUGGUAUCGUUCUUGAUUCUGGAGACGGUGUAAGCCAUACAGUUCCCAUUUACGAAGGUUAUGCACUCCCACAUGCGAUAUUGCGUCUGGACCUUGCAGGACGUGACUUAACCGAUGCACUGAUGAAAAUCCUAACCGAGCGUGGUUACUCCUUCACCACAUCUGCUGAACGAGAAAUCGUAAGGGACAUGAAAGAAAAACUAGCAUACAUUGCACUGGAUUUCGAGCAGGAGCUAGAAACAUCCAAAACCAGCUCUUCAGUGGAAAAGAGCUUUGAGCUGCCUGACGGGCAGGUAAUAACCAUCGGUGCUGAGCGGUUCAGGUGCCCAGAAGUCCUGUUCCAGCCAUCCAUGAUCGGAAUGGAAGCUGCAGGGAUUCAUGAGACAACGUACAACUCUAUAAUGAAAUGUGAUGUGGAUAUUAGGAAGGAUUUGUAUGGGAACAUUGUUCUCAGUGGUGGUACUACCAUGUUCCCUGGUAUUGCUGACAGAAUGAGCAAGGAAAUUACUGCAUUAGCCCCAAGUAGCAUGAAGAUUAAAGUUGUUGCUCCACCUGAAAGGAAGUAUAGUGUUUGGAUUGGUGGGUCAAUCUUGGCAUCUCUUAGCACCUUCCAACAGAUGUGGAUUGCAAAGGCUGAAUAUGAUGAGUCGGGUCCUUCCAUUGUGCACAGGAAGUGUUUCUAAGCAUGAGAAAGAACAAUGAAAAUAAAAAUAAAAAAGUGGUACCAUUCACUAUUAAGUUCUUGUGAAAGGAAAAUGCUGCCUGUUUCUUCUUACAGAAUGAAUUUUUCAGUUUCUUUUAUUUGUAGUUAAUUAAUUAUGCGCUCUGCAUGCCAUAUGUUUGAAUAUUGUUUCUGUUUUAA